AUGGGCUAUUCGCUCAGGGCUUUGCUGGCUCUUGCAGCGGCGGUUGCAUUCACAGACUCGUCUGUGACUCCUACCGGAACCGGUCAGGUCAACAACCAUCGACAAUGGAAGCGUGGCAAUCGCCUCGACCCAGAUGCCAUUAUUCCGCUUCGGAUUGGCUUGGUGCAAAGCAACGUCCAUCUUGGCUAUGAGAAGCUGAUGGAAGUCUCUGAUCCAUCAUCUGAAAGCUUUGGCAAACAUCUCAGUGAGGACGAGGUUCACGAUCUGUUUGCUCCAGCACGUGAGACUUUUGAUGCUGUUCAUUCCUGGCUGGUUGAGUCCGGUGUCAACGCAACAGACAUCCGUCAAUAUGUCAAUAAAGGAUGGCUCGCUAUUGAUCUUCCGGUGUCCCACGUCGAAGAUUUAUUCCUAACACAGUAUCACGAGCAUGAACGGGAGGGAGUGCUUAAGGUUGGAUGUGAUCAAUAUCACGUCCCUAAGCACCUCGCAAAGCACAUCGACUAUAUUGUUCCUGGUGUCAAGUUAUCGCCACCAAUGGUGAAACGUUCCUUGGAAAGACGGAGCGGCACGAACCACCGAAAGGCCGAUCUGCAGGACUGCGCUCGAAACUUUACUGCUAUUUGUUACCGUGCGCUGUACCAGAUCCCAGCAACCAGCAUUCCGGUUCCUGGCCACGAGCCCGCAGUUUAUGAGUCUGGAGAUACAUUCUCUCAGGAGGAUAUUGACUCAUAUUUCCACAAGUAUGCCCCUUACAUUCCCAAGGGCACGCAUCCCAAAAUCUUGUCAAUCGACGGCGGCCAAGCACCCGUGGCCCCUGAUUCCGAAUUCAAUACCGGAGAGUCCGACAUUGAUAUCGACAUUAUUCAGACUCUGAUCUGGCCGCAGUCCAUGGUCUUGUAUCAAGUGGAUGACCCAUUUGGCAUCACCGGAGACAGCCCAGGAGUUGAUCCUUCUUAUCCCGAUAACCGACCUGGUGGCUACAAGGGCCAGCGUCUAUGUGGUGCCUACAAGCCAAACAAGGUCAUUUCCAUCUCGUAUGGAGAGGGAGAGAUUGACGUGCCCAAGAACUACUUCCUCCGACAGUGCAACGAGUGGCUCAAAUUGGGUCUCCAGGGAACUACGGUUCUAGUCUCUUCUGGAGAUUACGGCGCUGCCAUGCCGCCGCAUGAGGAUUCGGCAAGUGGUUGCUUGUCUGGAUCAGGUCAGAAUCAGACCAUCUACAACCCUGGAAACCCUGUUUCGUGCCCAUACCUCACCGCUGUUGGGGCCAUGCAGACCAACCUUGGUCCCGGAGCCGAACUGUUUGCCUCUGGAGGUGGCUUCUCAAAUUACUUCCCUGUGCCGGAUUAUCAGAAGGCAGCAGUCAAAAGUUACUUUGCCAAGCAUGAUCCAGGCCACCCUUACUACAUCGCAAACAGUGAUGCAAGCAACAUCGGCGAGCAUGGAGGAAUCUACAACCGUGCUGGCAGAGGUAUCCCUGAUAUUUCAGCCAAUGGAGCUCAUUUCCGCGCAUUCAACAACCAGACCGACGGUCACUGGUUCGGAACAAGUCUGGCAGCGCCUCUUUGGGCCUCUGUCAUCACCCUUAUUAACCAAGAGCGCGCCAAAAUUGGCAAAGGCUCUGUUGGAUUCAUUAAUCCAGUUCUGUAUGCCAACACCGAUGCCCUCACUGACAUCAAGCAAGGGUCGAACCCGAAUUGCGGAACCAGUGGUUUCACAGCUGUAGAAGGCUGGGAUCCCGUUACUGGAUUGGGUACUCCCAAGUAUCCGAACCUAUUGAAGCUCUGGUUGAAGCUUCCAUGA